AUGCCAAACCUCCCUCCGGCAUUACAAGUCUUCCCAACCCUAGCCCGCUACGCCCUGCGCCCGCGCCGCCUCGCCGAGAUCCCCAUAGGCGGGCCCUCGACGCCGCAAAUCUCCGCAAAGGCCCUCCAGCAGAGCGCCAUCCACCUCUACCACGACCUCGGCGUGCUCGUCUGGGUGGGCUGCUCCGUCGAUCAGGUGCGCAGGAUAGGGGACGUGCUGAGGCAGGUUGUUGCGUGGGGAGGACAGGGCGGGCUGGUUGCGAGGUUGGAUGCGUGGGAGGGGGAUGUUGUCAGGAAGAGGGAGGAGGGUUUGAGAGAGGGGGAUCUGUAUAGGGCUUUGGAUGAGAAGAGGACGGGGAAUAUAAAGCCUUCGGCGGUGCUGCGACUCGCAACGACACGAUUUGAAGAGACACUUUACGAAAGAAUACCCGAGCUCAAGACCGCAAAGGAUAUCGAUGUGCGGGAGACACAGAUCAUUGUCCCGGGAUCACCACCUCCACGCGGAAUCAUCAACAAAACCGUCGACGGACCACGGCAUCUCCCCAUUGAAUCUUUCACAACAAUCAGCGUAGACCGCAUCACCGGGCUAACCAUUGGCGAAACGCGCUUCUUCACCGUCGGAUCGAGUAACUACGUUGGAGGCGCGCGAGUGGACUACCUGAUACUCAAGCACACCCAAAACCAAAACAACGACUCCAAGGGCGCAAAGGGCAAGAGUUUGCAGGCAAGGACUAGUGUGAUCCCGUACUGGGGCAACGGAAAGCUCAAGCAGCGGAGGAGAGCCAGCGACGAGGCGCAGGGCGCGAUAUUUGAGGACGUGGUGAGCAGGGUGAUGCAGCCGCUGUGGGAUAUCGAGGGGGGUACUUGGGCGGACAGGGCGGCUGAGCUGGAGGCCAAGAGGGAGAAGAAGAACUGGGGGGAGAAGAAGAAGACGAGGCCGAGUACUACUACUACUACUACUGCUGUCUAG